GGAGGACAAGCCACUUUAAUUGGAAGAAUCACAAAUUGCUGUGUUGAAUCGAACCCGUAUAGACGGCUAUGAAGAUCAUACUGACCAACUGUGAGGUGUCGGAGGUCUCGCCAAGGCUUCUGCUUCUUCUAGACUCCUCCCAGGAAAGUGAUCACCCAACUAUGCUGUGAUUCGGAGUACAGGGCUUUACAGAAUAGAAAGCCAGGAUGUAGCUUCACGGUUUUCAGCCAUUUUCCCUAACUGAUGUCUGGGAACUCUGAAGCAUUCGGACCCCACCUAGCCUUCUGCGGACCACCGGGAUACUGAGAUCAUGCUGUCACACCUGGGAUAUCACCCCACUUCACCCCUUGAACACUUUUAAGCCAGGAAUGUCCCAGACAGGGGUAGACACCUAAGUGUUUCAAUCAUGCAUCUGUCUGUCGAUGGAAACUUUGCAGUAGGCUCCUUCGGCUAUUAUCCAACCUAUGCCUGUGGACAUCUGAUAGAAAGACAUGCUGGAAUCAUCCAUAUUUUGCAGAGAAGACCAUCCCUGUGAGGCACAAUGGCUUAUCUAAGGUCCAAACCAGAACGCUCCAGAGGACAUGGUGCAGGAGCUGAAUGUUGACAUCCCCUGCUCUCCUUCCUCGAAGGACAAGAAGCCGCACAGGGCCAACGGAGUCUGGCGCUGGCUCAGGGGGAAAAAUGGUUCAACGAGGAAAAGGAAUAAGACCUCGAUACUAUGGAACACUCGGGCCAGUUCCUUGGAGGCCGGAAUUGAUUACCUGGUGACUGCCGUCAUAAAACAAGAUCUAAACUAUGUUCAUAUGUUUCUGGAAAUAUACCGCACAUUUGCUACCACCCAGGAGGUGCUGGCACUCCUCUUUGCAAGAUUCGGAUGUGUUUACUCCACGGAUGACGAGGUCGGCGGACCCCAGGAGCAGCACAACAUGGCCGUCUAUGCCAUCCUGGAUACGUGGGUGGAAAGGUAUCCAGGGGAUUUUGUGCAGCCUCCGGACUUUCCCAGCUUGCAUGCGCUGCUGGCCUACCUGCAGGUCAAUGUGCCGGGCUCGGACCUGCAGCGCCGUGCCCAGCUUCUGUUGCCAGAAAGGCAGCGCGCUGAGACCACAGAGCCAGAGGCUGGGGCACCGGCCCCAGAGCCGGAUCAGGUUGUGCCUCAGGAAGUCGUUCCAGCAGCCACUCUGGCACCCGCUGCACCUCUGGGGCCUGAUCUGGCCCCUGCCAUCCCUGCUUCGGCGGAUCACAAUGGAUCUGGAAGACCAGUGACCCCCUCUGACCCGAUGGGGCCAGGGCAGAUGGUCAUCAGGGCCCUUGUUCACUUCUCUGCCACGGAAGAGCCACCUGGCCUUAGGCCAUUCCUGGAUGACCAGCAGGGUCCUGCCCCGGAGCUGCCGCCCCCUGCCUCCUGCGAUCUGCUGGACCUCCCCUCCUGUGGGUCAGAUGACACGGGGCCUGGGGCCCUCGGGGGCGAGGAGCAGGCACAACCUGAAAACGACACUGCUUUGAACCACGCCUUCGUCCUUUCCUGGAUCUCCUUCCCACAGCUCUUUUCUGCUGCUUUUUGGCCAGCUCCAUGGCCCGACAGAAAUAUGCCAAACCUCUUUGCUUUUGCCAUUGACCAGAGAGCAUGCCCCUCCCCAAGUGGGAGUGCGUCUCAGGGCAGUGAGCGAGGAAAGUGCCAGCCGCCGGCUCAACCCGGGGAGCCCAUCAGCUGUCGGUGUCAGUGA